UCCUUACUCUCCAACACACACAAUCAAUCUAAUCACCUCUAAACGAUUACCUUCAAACGAUGUCAUUAGGAACAAUUUCUGUCCAGAAACUGUCACUGCUUCUCCUUUUUCUGAUGAUAAUCCAGUUGAGCUCAUUAGCCCAUUCCCGGAAGUUAAUGUCGCUGUACGAACCGCCCAAAGUGUCGCUCAAGUACCACCAUGGUGUUCUCCUCGAAGGCGACCUCGCCGUCUCCAUCCUCUGGUACGGGAAAUUCACCCCGGCCCAGAAAUCGAUCAUCUCUGAUUUUCUCGUCUCAUUGAACGCGCAAAAAUCGGGGACUGAUAACGUGCCUUCUAGUAAUGUCCCGUCCGUUGCUAAAUGGUGGGGCAUGGUCCAAGCCUACCUCAGGGAAGCCGCGAAAAGAGAGGCACGUGUGACUCUCGGGAAGCAGUUGAUGGACGAGGGCUGCUCGAUGGGGAGGCUCCUGACCCGGGCCCAGGUGGCCAAGUUGGCCCAGAAGGUCAACUCCGGGCCCCACGGACUGGCCCUCGUGAUGACGUCAGAUGACGUGGCGGUAGAGGACUUCUGUAUGGGUAGCUGUGGUUUCCACGGCGGAGACUCAGCGGCGUUCGUUUGGGUAGGGAAUUCAGCGACGCAGUGCCCCGGCCAGUGCGCAUGGCCUUUCCACCAGCCCAUAUACGGUCCCCAGGUGGAGCCGCUUGGGGCCCCGAAUGGCAAUGUAGGGGCCGAUGGAAUGGUGAUCAACGUGGCAAGCCUCCUCGCCGGAGCUGUGACCAACCCAUUUGGGGGCGGGUACUUUGUUGGUGAGGCCGGGGCGCUGCCGCUCGAGGCAGCCUCAGCCUGUGCCGGGUCCUAUGGUAAGGGGGCAUACCCGGGCUACGCUGGGGAGCUGCUGAAGGAUCCAACCACUGGCGCGAGCUAUAAUGCUGUUGGUGUGAACGGCCGGAAGUAUCUACUCCCUGCCCUAUUUGAUCCGGCUACCUCUCAGUGCACCACCCUUGUGUAAAAAGCGCCAGAGACGCGUAGCACGAUCCCAGUUUCUACAUUUCAUCCAUCGCGUGUAUAUACACCAUUUCGUUAGUAAAUACAAUCAUGAACUUAUGUUUCUGCCAGAACCUGAGUCAAUCUCAUGGAGUUAUAUUCAUAUGUUAAUCGAUUCAAAUUUUAAAUAUCUAAUUUUCUUAGAGAUUAUCACGGGAUCUUA